GCUCGAGCUGGCGGGCGGCGCGGGCAAGCAGCAGCCGCGGCAGGCGCACGGGCCGCGUCAAGGGAGCCGGGGUCAGCACGAUUCUAAGAAAGACAGGGGCGUGAGGGGGCCGGGCUGGGCGGGCUAGGGGCACCGCGCUCUCCCAACAGCGCGGAUCCUUUUUGGAAAUUAAUAUUAAAAAAAGAAAAAAAAAAUCAGAGGGGUAGGUGGGAGCAAGAGAGAAGGCGAGACACACAGAGAAAGAGCGAGAGACACAGCUCCCCACAGUGAGAGGAAGAAAGGCCACAGUCGCCGGCGGCAGCCGAUGUGAAGACUGGACUCCGUGCGCCCCUCGCCGCCUCUGCCCGGCCACAUCGAUGUUGCAGCCCGCUCGCCCGCAUCACGAUGAACGCGCAGCUGACCAUGGAGGCGAUCGGCGAGCUGCACGGGGUGAGCCAUGAGCCGGUGCCCGCCCCUGCCGACCUCCUGGGCGGCAGCCCUCACGCGCGCAGCUCCGUGGGGCACCGCGGCAGCCACCUGCCUCCCGCGCACCCGCGUUCCAUGGGCAUGGCCUCCCUGCUGGACGGCGGCAGCGGAGGCAGCGAUUACCACCACCACCACCGCGCCCCUGAGCACAGCCUGGCUGGCCCCCUGCACCCCACCAUGACCAUGGCCUGUGAAACCCCCCCAGGUAUGAGCAUGCCGACCACCUACACCACCUUAACCCCUCUGCAGCCGCUGCCGCCCAUCUCCACCGUGUCCGACAAGUUCCCUCAUCACCAUCACCACCACCAUCACCACCACCACCCACACCACCACCAGCGCCUGGCGGGCAACGUGAGCGGUAGUUUCACACUUAUGCGGGAUGAACGCGGGCUGGCCUCCAUGAAUAACCUCUAUACCCCCUACCACAAGGACGUGGCUAGCAUGGGCCAGAGCCUCUCGCCCCUCUCUGGCUCCGGUCUGGGCAGCAUUCACAACUCCCAGCAAGGGCUUCCCCACUAUGCUCAUCCUGGAGCGGCUAUGCCCACCGACAAGAUGCUCACCCCAAAUGGCUUCGAAGCCCACCACCCUGCCAUGCUCGGUCGCCACGGAGAACAGCACCUCACGCCCACCUCGGCCGGCAUGGUGCCCAUCAACGGCCUUCCUCCGCACCAUCCCCAUGCCCACCUGAAUGCCCAGGGCCACGGACAGCUCCUGGGCACAGCCCGGGAGCCCAACCCUUCGGUGACCGGCUCGCAGGUCAGCAAUGGAAGUAAUUCAGGGCAGAUGGAAGAGAUCAAUACCAAAGAGGUGGCGCAGCGUAUCACCACCGAGCUCAAACGUUACAGCAUCCCACAGGCCAUCUUCGCGCAGAGGGUGCUCUGCCGUUCCCAGGGGACCCUUUCGGACCUGCUGCGAAACCCCAAGCCCUGGAGCAAACUCAAGUCCGGCCGGGAGACCUUCCGGAGAAUGUGGAAGUGGCUGCAGGAGCCGGAGUUCCAGCGCAUGUCCGCGCUCCGCUUAGCAGCUUGCAAACGGAAAGAGCAAGAGCACGGGAAAGAUAGAGGCAACACCCCCAAAAAGCCCAGGCUGGUCUUCACAGACGUCCAACGUCGAACUCUACAUGCAAUAUUCAAGGAAAAUAAGCGUCCGUCCAAAGAAUUACAAAUCACCAUUUCCCAGCAGCUGGGGCUGGAGCUGAGCACUGUCAGCAACUUCUUCAUGAACGCGAGAAGGAGGAGUCUGGACAAAUGGCAAGAUGAGGGCAGCUCCAAUUCAGGCAACUCCUCCUCUUCAUCAAGCACUUGUACCAAAGCAUGAAGGAAGAACCACGGACUAGAACCUCGGUGGAAAAGCUUUAAAUUUAAUUUAAAAAAAAAAAAAAAAGUUUUUAAA